UCGCAGAACCGAAACCAGAGAGAUCGAAGAUGACGACGAGAUGGUCCGCCUGCGCAGCUCCGACGGCCAGGAGCUCGAGGUGAUGGAGGAGGCGAUCGCCGCCGCGUCUAAGACGAUCAAGGACGCGCUGGAGAAGGGCGGCGCCGCCGGCGACGCCAUCCCGGUCCCCGACGUCACCGGCCGAGUCCUCUCCCGCGUCCUCGAGUACGUCAACAGGCACUUCUCCGACCCGGCCGCCGCCGCCGACCCCUUCGACUACAUCCCCAACUUCGACGACCCGCUCAAGGCGUUCGACGACGCCUUCGUCCAGGUCGACCAGGACACGCUCUUCGACCUCAUCGACGCGGCCGAGUGCCUCGAAAUUGAGGGGCUGAUGGACCUGACGUGCAAGACGGUGGCGGACCAGAUGAGGGGCAAGACCAUAGAGGAGAUCCGCAAGAAGUUCCACGUCGUCAACGACUACACCGCCUGGGCCUUCGAGUAGUAGUUCAAAUCUUGUUCAAAGUUUGUUCAUUAGAUGAUCGACCCACACUAUGUUUUGCCUUGUGUUCUCGCCAUGUUAGUGUAAUCGGGCGGAUUUACUACUAAUUUCGGUACUCAGACUCGUCUUUUGCCCUUAAAUAUGCACACUCUUAUACCCACAAUGACACUUAAUUUUGUAAGUUUUGCUCGGCAAAAAACCCCAUUGUGGCAAAAAGAAAUUACAUCUUAUUGUUGGCUAAUUCAAGGUCACCUUUGAUAUAUUAUUCUUAUGUUUAGAC